GCAUGCGUCAGGUACCUAACAACCGUAGCGUCCAUUGUUUCAGUGUUGUCCAACGGGGUCCAACUAGUCAAGUGCUGAAAGGCGAAGAAGAAGUCAACAAUUCCAGCUUUACUGAGAAGAGUCUUCUUUUGCUUCAGCUUUAAAGAUGGCGAUGAAUAUUCACCAAGAAGCGAGGCGCAAACAGGUGUUUAUGGAUAGAGUUUGCGAGGCGAGACGGCGCAUGGCUUUCUCUCAAGACGAUGCUCCACAAGCUUCAGGAUCAUGUGGCGGACAAAGAGACAGUGAGAAAGUCAUGUGCACAGACCAAGGGCAGUUUUAUCAAACCAGAGUGACUCUGAGGCCGUUCCGAGUCAACCGGGACGGGCACAAUAAUCGCUACCGCAAUCGCCAGCACCUGAGCCCGCAUUGCGACAGAGCCUACACCCUCAUAUAUCCCAAGAAAGAAAAUCCCGAGUACACGGAAGUGGACGCGCGGAAAAAUCGCAGGGAGAACAGUUUUGUGGAUUUGUACGAAGUGCGCAAGAAAGUCAACGGGGAAUUUCACAUGCAGGUCGCCGCUGCGUCUUCCAGUGAUGAUUGAUGGAGAGAAGGCAGAGGCGGAGACAUCAACAGCUCGACUCGAGUGGUGAACGAAUACACGGUCUGAGUGAACAUGAGACUUACGAUCGUGUAUCAGUAUUUUAAAAACAAACCUACCAUUGGUCUGAAAGUCAUUUAUAAUGGCUUCCCACGAAAGAUUGUCCUUACAACACGUUGGCGGUUCUUGCUUACCACAUAAAGUUUUCACUCCCAUUCUGCUCCAAUGACCAACAUAAUUUGUGCAUUAAUUUUCAAUUAAUCGUGCGACAAUUGUACAUAUGAGCAAUGAUGAACUGUUUUUUUUCCCAACUACAAUUUAAAUCGUAAUGUAGAUGAGCUGGAAGACCCAUGUACUGAGCUGAAUUUUGUACAUGAGAAUGUCUAUUUGAAAAUUACCAACUGAAAAAACAAAAAGAUCUUGAAUGAAUGGAGUUUUUACACACAGAUCUUUACUAAACAACUCAAAAAAAUGUUUAUAUUUAUCACAUUUUUUACAAAUUUUUGUGCAACAUGUUUGUCUCUUGACAAUGUACAGAAAAUUUGCCACAUCAGAGUGAUUUUUUAUUUUUCAAUUGCCUUGAUCAGACUUGCAAUUUCUGAUUGCUUGAUAUAUCAGCUGAAAAUUUGUUGUAUCUCACCACGGCCAGCCCUUCCCCUGAACACGGGAUUGUGAGCUGCCUUUGCAUUUAUCAUGUGAUCUUGUCAGACUGGUUGUUCAUCCCCAGUGCAAUUUGUUUGUGAAAUCUCACCCUCGUUUAUGAUAUUCCACUUUCUUGUCAUUUUAAACGCUAAUAUUUUUUUACACGAAUUCGAUAUUUUUUGUUCUGGACUUUUUGAAAUUGUACAUAAAAAUGAUGUAAUGUUUUAUUCUAUCCGCAGUAAUGUAUUUCGUACUAAUCAUUACUGUUACUACUUACAAGUCCCACCUGAAUUCAGUCACAUGUACUACGGUAUCAGAUUAGGCGCACGCGAACAUUUUAUGCAAAUGCAUCUUUUAAAUUGAGAGGAAAUCCCGUUUCAAAUAUAAAAGUAGCCUACUAUUUAAUAGUUGCCAAAUGGUUUAGUAUUGUGCAGCUCAACGGUUGGGGGAAGUGACAUCAUCAAAACUUGUGGUUUCAUUCUUGU